AUAUUUUGCCAAUAAACAGAAAAUGAAAAGAUCGUUCUUUUCAUCAUCCAUUUCUGCUGCGCGCUACUGCAGCUUGUUGCUGCAUAGAUGCAUGAAACCGAAAGCACUGAAACCCUGCAAACAAAUACAUGGCUUAAUGCUGACUCAGCAUAUCGACACGAAUGUUUUGUCGCUGAGUUCAAAGCUCAUCGGCGCAUACGCAUGCUGUCAGGAUCUGACGUCAGCCAGGCUUCUCUUCCGACAAACUCCGAGCGCCAACGUUUUCGCUUUCAAUUGGAUGAUUCUGACAUUGACCUUUUUAGGGUUCCACGAAGAAGCUAUUGGGUACUUUUCGUUGUUCCGAAAAUCAAGAACCAACAGCGCUUGUCCGAACGAGUACACUUUUCCUGUAAUCUUGAGAGCUUCUGUUGGCUUGCUGAAUGUGGAAUUAGGGAAGCAGGUCCACGGCCUGAUUCACAAAACAGGUUUCGAGGAGGAUCUAUCAGUGUGCAACGCGUUGAUCGAUAUGUAUGGGAAGUGUCGGAAGAUGCACCACGCACGCGAAGUGUUUGAUGAAAUGUCUGAAAGAGAUGUUGCAUCCUGGACUACAAUGAUCUGUAGGUAUGCCGACAGGGGCAACACCGAGGAGUCUGUUGUUCUGUUCGAAACAAUGAUGUCACAAGGUGUGAAACCGAAUGAUUAUACAUGGAACGCAAUUAUAGUGGCACACGCCAGAACCGGAGACUGCAACACUGCUUUCGAAUUUUUUUCUCGGAUGAGUAAAGAAGGAUUAGUCACCGAUUUGGCUACUUGCAAUGCCAUGAUUUCAGGUUUCGUUCAAAGCCAAAGGGCAAUCGAAGCUCUAGACUUGUUUCGAGAUAUGUUAGUCUCCGGCUUUAUCAAGCCUAAUCAAGUGACACUAACGGGGCUUCUCCCUGCAUGUGGAAUGAUCGGUUCAAUUCGUAGUGGCAAAGAAAUUCAUUGCUUCAUAUACAGGACGAAUCUUGAUAUCAAUGUAUUUAUCGCUAGCGCUCUUAUCGACAUGUACUCAAAAUGCGGGAGUAUAGAAGAGGCUCGGUGUAUAUUCAACACCAUCCCCAGAAAGAACACAGCAUCAUGGAAUGCUAUGAUCGGAUGUUACGGUAAGAACGGAAUGGUCGACUCCGCAAUCGAACUUUUCGAAAAGAUGAAAACCGAAAAAGUAGAACCGAACGAAGUCACUCUGACCACCAUUCUCUGUGCUUGUAGCCAUGGCGGUUUGGUGGAGAAAGGGUUGGAGAUAUUUACGUCAAUGGGCUCGUUAUACGGUGUUGAAGCGAAUAACGAGCAUUGCUCGUGUCUUGUCGAUCUCCUUUGUCGGCACGGGAGAAUGGACGAGGCUUGUGAAAUUGUGAAACGGGUUGAAUUUGCGACAGAUUCGAUUGUUGGAGCUUUCCUUAACGGCUGCAAGAUCCAUGAAAGGAGAGAUCUUGCUCUAGAGAUGCGCGAGUGGCUAAGAAUCGAGAUGAAAAAGGGCGGCGAUUUUGUGACGCUUUCGAAUAUAUAUGCUCGUGAUGGUGAGUGGGAAGGUGUCGAGGAAGUGAGGGAAGUGAUGAAGGGUAAAAGAGUCUAUAAGGAGCCUGGUUUUAGUUCCAUUUAGGAAGAGUAAAAUUCGAAGGUAAGUAAGUAAUAUUAAUCUAUAAUUGAUUAAUUUUUAUUAUGAAUUAGUUUUGUA